AUGUCUGUGGAUAAUGAAAUAAGAGAAUUUUAUGUGAACGGAAACAACGUAUCCGUGGUUCCGGCGACUUUUCCACAUGCACUCCAGUGGGAUGUACCUGAUACAUACAUCCUGACAUGCGGAGUGCUCUAUGUCCUUGCAAUCAAGGGCUGGAACAACGAAAACGAUGGUGGUUUCAUAGCCAGCACCCCAGACCACUACAUUCUGACCAACAACUCCUGGAAAUGCACUACGACCUAUUAUGCUGAUUGGUACAAAACCAAUUAUGAUGCUUCUUUCUGGCCCGAUGCUCAUUACGGUAUCGCACAAGCUGAGGCAGCUGAAAGCCCACCUUUUCCGACUACAUCUGCUGCCAUGUGGAUAACUGAUCCAACCGACUGCUUAAAAUGCAUCUUCUACUGUAGGAAAACAUUUACGAGCAAGUCCUUAAUAUGA